GUUAUUUAAUAAAUAGUAGAAUGACAAUCAAAUUUUUAGAAAUGACUGUACAAAUCAGCUGUAGUGGUCAUGCGUGUGUUAUUGGUGUGAAAUUACGAAAUAUUUGUUCUUCCUUGGGUCAUUCGAGUAUUUGGAGGUAUAAUAAAUGCUAAAUAGUAAGAUGUGACUGCAAGUAAGAAUAAGGUGUAUUUUGGGACCAUAAUUACAAUAAUAUGAGUAAUAGUUCCCUCAGUGUUGCUGGAGGAAUAGUGUUUUUGGUUAAAAGAGGUUAUGUCGCGUUGCUUCUCGUGAUAACAUGUCAGUGUUGAUGUAAACUUAUGAGUAAAGAACUCGAAAAUGUACAGUUUUGAAGGAGAGUUUCGUCGUAAGCCCCAGCAGAACCUUGCUGGAGCCAGUAAGAAGCACGAGAGAGAUGAGUUACUACAUAAAGCACAAUUUGAGAGACAGAAACGAGAGGAGGUGCGGAAGCAGUUCACCAGCAGCAUCCAGAUCCAGGCGGCGGUGCGCAGCUUCCUGGCGAGGCAGCGGCAGAAGAGGCUCCAGCGGCAGGCGUUCGACGAGCUGCUGGCGUGCCAUGCGGCCCAGCGGGCGCCCGCGGACGCCCCCCUCGCCGCCCUCGCCUCCCGGCUGCUCUUCUUCUAUGCUGAGGAGGACUGUGGUCGGCUGGUGGCGCUGUGCCAGCUCCUGCUGAGGGCGCACGCGGACGUGCUGCGCGCGGCCGGCCGCCCGGGCGACGCCUGGGCCUGGCGCCUGCCCCGCCUGCUGAGCCUGUGUGCGGCGCUGGCGGCCGGGGGACGGGACCCCCUGGCGGUGCCGCUGCGUGCCCUGGAGGUGUUCACGUCGCCCGAGGCGUGCCGGGACGCGCUGGGCUCGGGGGACCGGGCGACGGCCCACCUGGCGGGCUGCUUCGCCGGCCUGGUGCGCCGGGGCUACUUCGCCCAGCUGCGCCGCCUGCUGGACGCCAGGGUGCCGCCCCUGCUGGGCGCCUGCCCCGCGCCGCCCACGCCGCUGGCCGGCUGCCUGCUGGAGCUGCUGGCGCGCCCACUCCGCCUGGCGGCCGGCGCGCCCGACCCCGACUACAGCGACCUGGUGCUGCGCGGGCUGAGCCGCCACGUGCUGGCGCCGCGGCACAGCGAGGCCGUGCAGUUGUUCGUGGUGCCGGCGCUGGCGGAGAUGGCGGGCUUCCCAUUCCACCGGCUGGUGUCGGCGCUGCGCGACGUGGGCGCGGGCGACGACGUGCCGUGCUCCAGCUGGCUGCUCUUCUCCGUGCUGGCGCUCGAGAGGAAGCACUUCGCAGCGGCGGGCGAGAGGAGCGGGGAGGGCCAGCUGGUCGGCUACCUGCGGCUGCUGGCUGCCCUCACCUGCAACGUGGGCAAGCUGGGCUCCGCCCCGCGGGGCUCCGACCACACGUCGGACAGCGAGUCGGACGAGGACGUGGUCGAGGCCCGGGUCGACCAGUCCGCCGAGAUGCAGGUCCUGGAGCAGUGCGUGACCAUGCUGAACGACAACCGCAGGGUCGCCAACCUGCUGGCCUCGGUCGACCAGUCGGAGAACCCGGUGGUGCUGCAGGUGCUGUGCAAGCUGUGCCACCACCUGCUCGUCUCCAACAAGUCGGCCGUCCACAAGUACAGGCUCCUGUACAUGCUGGCCUUCAAGGCCUCGUUCCUGCGGCACCUGUGGGCGGCCGUCCUCUCCGCACAGCAGACGUCGCUGUUCGGCGGCGGCACUCCGCUGCUGCAGGUGAUCUCCCGGGGGGUGGCCCUGUCGCCCGAGGACAGCGACCGCAUCGUGCCACUGCUGGCCGUCUUCUGCUCGCUCUUCAGCCUGCUCAUAGCCACGCUGCACGACGCCGAGUUCUACGGGGACGGCAACCUGCCAGGGGUGUCGCAGCACGCCAUGCCGUUCCACGUGAGGGAGCUGGUGCCCUUGUCGCUGACCUUGAAGGAGGUGUGCCUGGGGCUGGUGGAGCUGGCCUACCCCGACUCCCGGCCCAGCGUGCGCGACGACUACCGCACGGCCCUGCACGGCCGCGACCAGCGCGGCUCCCAGGACACCCAGCUCUGGUCCCACCUCUUCAAGGUGACGGUGGGGCUGGUGAGGCAGAUGCACACCAGGGACAGCCGGCGGAGGUUCUGCCCCGACGGCCACUGGAUCUCCAAGCACGUCAUGAUCCCGGUGAGCCGCCCCCCGCACUUCAUCCUGCGCCGGCCGCGCCAGAGGAUGUACCGGCCCUUCCAAGGACUGCGCGCUUUCACCCGCGAGGAACUGGAGGAGGGCCCCCCGCUGUCGACGACGGAGGUGCGGGUGAUGACCAUCGUGCGGGAGCUGCCCUUCGUGGUGGCCUUCCAGGAGCGGGUGCUGCUCUUCCAGAACCUGCUGGCCAACGACAAGCUGGAGCGGCAGGGGGACAGCGUGCACUUCCUGCAGGGCCCCAGCAUCCACGUGUCCGUGCGGCGCAACUACCUGUACGAGGACGCCUUCGACAAGCUCUCCCCGGAGAACGAGCCGGACCUGCGGCUGAAGAUGCGGGUGCAGCUGGUGAACGUGGUGGGGCUGGACGAGGCGGGCGUCGACGGCGGCGGCCUGUUCCGCGAGUUCCUGUCCGAGCUGCUCAAGACGGCGUUCGACCCCAACCGCGGGUUCUUCCGCCUCACCAAGGACAACCUCCUGUACCCCAACCCCAGCGUGCAGGUCAUCGUGGACAACUUCCCGCGCCACUACUACUUCGUCGGCCGCAUGCUGGGCAAGGCGCUGUACGAGAACCUGCUGGUGGAGCUGCCGUUCGCGGACUUCUUCCUGUCGAAGCUGGCAGGCCAGCAGCAGGACGUGGACGUGCACCACCUGGCCUCGCUGGACCCCGACAUCUACCGCAACCUGCUGUUCCUCAAGACCUACGAGGGCGACGUGGCCGACCUGGGGCUCGACUUCUCCGUGCUCAACGACGAGCUGGGCGAGACCAGGGUUGAAGAGUUGAAGCCGGGAGGUGCCAACAUCCAAGUGACGAGCGCCAACAGGAUAGAGUACAUCCACCUGAUGGCUGACUACAAGCUCAACAGGCAGAUACGGGCGCAGUGCAAUGCCUUCCGGCAGGGCGUGGCGAACGUGAUCCCCAUGGAGUGGCUGCGCAUGUUCAACAACAAGGAGCUGCAGGUGCUGGUGUCGGGCGCGCAGAUCCCCGUCGACGUGGACGACCUGCGCCAGCACACCAACUACGCCGGCGGCUACGGGGCCGACCACCCCACCAUCCAGCUCUUCUGGAAGGUGGUCGGCAACUUCACGGACCAGCAGCGCAGCCAGCUGCUCAAGUUCGUGACCAGCUGCUCGCGGCCCCCGCUGCUCGGCUUCAAGGAGCUGGACCCGCCGUUCUGCAUCCAGCACAGCGGCAACGCAGACCGCCUGCCCACGGCCAGCACCUGCAUGAACCUGCUGAAGCUGCCCGAGUUCGGUGACGAGGCCACGCUCCACGACAAGCUGCUGUACGCCAUCCAGUCGGGCUCGGGCUUCGAGCUGAGCUAGGGCGGGCCCCCGUUCUCCCCCAUCGCCCCCGCGGGUCUCGUCUCUCUCUCUCUCCGGCAGCUUCAGGAACACCCAGAGUCCAACGUGGAGUAUUUCUUAAUGUUCAACCUAGGUUUCGAAACCAAACAUUCGGGUGAUUGUUCCUUAUUGCGUACCCAGUUCAUGUCAGAGCCUUACAAAUGGAUAACUUUAAAAUAAAAAAUAAUUUUGGUUAUUUCACACAUUCAACUGCCUGCUUUGUUACGCAAAACAAUUUUCUUCCAGAAAACAACGUCCCUCAAAGUUUUUGUACGCAUUAGUUUCAAAAUCAAAAUGUAUUUUUGUGAAAAUUAUGCAGCUUUGCGUUAGAAACACAUCCAGUUCCUUUCUUUGAAUUUUUUUUUGUUAAAAUAAAACUGGAUAUGCAUUAAGGAAUAGUUUUCCCAAUUUCGGCAUCGGGCUUCAUAAACCAAACUUGAUUUUUUUGGGGUUCUGUGAACGUACGUAUGCUCAGAAGAUGACAAUUUAUUUUGAAAUUAAAGUGAAAAUUAUGUUUGUGUUGUGUUUAAGAACUGCCUUUGUACUGAAGUUAUGAUGAAGGUUGUGAAAAAUGUUUUUUUGCACCACUAUCAAAAUAAGUUUUAAUCUUACUGUGGAUAAUAUUGUUUAUAUCGUAUUCGUAUCAGUCUGGAAUACUAGUAAAAUACCAUACUUUGAUUCUGCUUUGAAAUUUUUUUGAAAAAUUAGUUUUGAUUGUGCUUUAAUCAUCUCUGUUUCAAGCAGACAGCUCUGAGGGUACGCUGUUCCAAAACACAGAACAAGUAUUUCAAAAACUAGAAUUUUGUAUUAGAGAAUUUCAUGAAUAAUUUGCCAUUGACCAGGAUGGACAUUAAAGCUUGCUACAGUAGAAUUACAGUAUGUCCGUGCGGGCAAGUGCAUGCUGUGGGCUCGAAGCUACUUAUGUUUUCAAGGGUAUGUACUUGGUUUUGUGUGGGAACGUCGACAUGCGCAUAUGCCCGACAUGUGAGGUGUUGCUGCGGUGUUGCUCUUCAUAGCAGUGUUUCUCUACUGCCCAGCCAGUGUAUAGUCAUUUUAAUGAUUCAUUACAGUUUAAUAAGAAUGACAGAAAAAUUCCUUAAUUAAUCAAAAAUCCUUUAACCAAAUUGUAAUUGAAAGACCUCACAUCUGAUAAUAAUUAAAUUUAUUUAUUUUGUGUUAUUGGAUAGGUAAUCUAAUGAAAAUAAGCGCGUAUCUUGGAAUUGUAUAUAGAUUUAGUGUAAAAGAUUAUGUACAUAUAAACAUAUCACACUGACAAGUAUACGCAAAGGCCUACAAUUGAAUGAUGAAGGUAUUGUGAUGAUAUUGAGAAAUAAAAAAAUAACAUUUGUGAAAAAUUUUAGAGUAAAUGAUGGAAGAUGAUAAUAUUUAAAAUUUUAUUAACGUUACUAUAUUAUUUAUAUUUUUCAUUUUUUUUCCUUUCAGCUUUUUUUCACCUAAUUUUUAUUUUAAUAAAUUCUGUUCUAAAUGUAAUUUUACAAACUGUUUCUGGUAUGUUGUCUUUUUAUCACAUUACUAUUUAAUAUUGUAUUUGUAAAUUAAUUCUGUAAAAUGAAAAAUCAUGAAUUGUUACAAACAUUCUCGGAGGAGUGUGUGUGGUACAGCUACUACCUAUCGGCCAUCUUGCAGGAACUGUUCAUACACAAUGUUAGAACUAAAAUUCCUAACACAACAAAAGUCCCACACACAUACAGUGAAACCCCAUUGUUAGGACCUCUCAUGGUUCCUGGGAUUUAGGUUUAAAUAAAGGAGGGGGUGGAUUUUGGGCCGACUGAUCCACCCCUGACCCCUGUAUGUUAAAAUAUGCUAUUUUUUCACACUAUUCCCAUGUUCAGUUGUCUCUGGCAAUAAAUUGUCAACCCAAACCCUAAUAUGAAUUUAUUUUAAUAGCGGACAUCUUCCGAAAAGGAAAUAUACCCAAGAAAAGCAUAUUUGAUCAUUUACUGUCACCAUUACGAGCAUAAUGCAAGGUGCAACAGGAUCUUUUAACGAGUGCCAAGUCCAUUUGACUCUGAUUUCACAAGGAAAAUGUUAAUUUAUUAGAUGUGGGACGUAACUGAGUACAUACCACGCCAGAGAGCUCAAGAAGGUUAAGUGCUGUGAAAUCACUUUGUUGUGAAAAAUGGCGAAAGUGAAUGCAGGGUAGGUUGGUUGGCAACUUGUGAAGCGAGUUCCAAGCUUGAGCUUAAGUGAAAGGGGCAAAGUUUUUUUUUAUAUUUUUCUCUGUGAAGCAACCUUUUUUUUUUGUCAACCCAAGGGAAAAGAUAAUUAGAUAAUUAAUUGCUUGUGCUGUAAAGAUAAUUAUCACCUGCAACAGUUAAAAUUAAGGGCAAAGGAGCAAGUGUGCAUACAGAAGGUCACUGUUUAUGUCUACUCGAAAAACAUGUCAUAACUUUCAGUAUAAUUAAGACCUUAAGUCUUAUGUUUAUAGCUUUUUUUUUUUUUUUACCUCAUCCAUACAAGUUUCUUAAACAUGUUUUGAAUAAACUAACCACCAGUUAGUUUUGUGCUCUGUUUCACAGGGGCGUAUAGUUUGUCGACAGGUCUAAUAUAUAUACAUAUAUCCUGCACAGUCGUAGUUUGUACUCAUUUUACACAAAUCAGAAGUUUGUAUAUUAUUUAAAAAAAUAAAAUUAAAUAAAUUGAAACUGUGCAGGUUGUCUACAAUGUUCACAAAAUCAAUUCUAAAGUGCAACGAAAAUGUAGUCAAAAAAAAUGCAUGGGUCGGCCACAAUCGUUCUAAAAAUUAAACCAAAAACUUUACUGAAUCUGAGUAAAAAAAAAAAAAAAAAGUAAUAGGUUGUCAAGUAACCAACCAAAGCCAAGAGGGAUCCAAAAUGGCAUAAGUCCAAGUCAUUAUAACAAGCAAAUGUAGAGAGUAGCGUGUCCAAGAGCAAGCCAUGGACCGGUCGAUCUGUGGUAGAAGGGCACAAAAGAAUCAACCAGAGACACAGGGAGGGGGUGUCUACUGCGCCACAUGCAGUACAGUGCUCGCCAAGUUAAAUGCAGUGCACCGUGCUUUAAAAGAGGUUUUUUUUUAAAAUUUAUAUUUAUUUACAGUUCCUCAAAAAGGGGUUGCAAUAGAGAGGUGGUCCUAAUGAAUGGGGUUUUGUAACAACGGAGUUCUACUGUAUUGUCUUUUAUCACAUAACUUUUACAAAUUCAAUUUUAAAAUUUAUACUGUAAAAAUAUUUAUUUUAUGUGAAAAAGAUAAUUCCCUUCACUAGUUCAGUUUUUAGAUUUAAAAUAGUGGCAUUAAAUUUUAACUUCAUUAACACAUUUCUUUAAUUAAUAAGACACUUAAUCUUAGAAAAUUCAAUUCUUAGCAUAAAUAAAUACUACCAGUAGUAUGAUGAUUAAUUAAAUCACUUUUGUUCAUAUAGGAUUAUAUUGGUCACAUAAUUUUUAGAAGAAUGAAAUCAUAUGUGCCAUGUUUUCUACCUGUAAGUAAGAAAAAUAAAUUUUUUUUUAAAUUAAGUGUACAUCAAUGAUAAAAAAAUUUAACAGUCAAACUUAAAUUAUUUACUUAAUUAUUUCCAUGAGUACACAGCAUUAUUUGCAGCACUUAUAUGAGAGAUGGUGCUGACCAGGCCUCCUGCUAGCUAAACUCUUAUCUUUCCGCACAAAUCAUUUUCAUCCUGUCGGAGAUUAAGCACUGGCAUUGAUGUAGCGAUAUUUUCCAUUUCAUGGGCAGUUUGAUCUUUUCUUUAAAAUUAAGGAUUUUUUCCACACCACUUUGUGUCUCUCUCUAAACCAUUGUCCUUUGCUUUUUAUUUAUCUUUGGCAUUCUAUGCCUUGUAGUUUUGUAACAUUUUAUCUGCAGUGGCUGAUGGAAGUUUUUUUAGGGUUUAAAACAACUUCAGUAUUAAGGGUACACAAUAACUAUACAACUUAUAGUAUUAACAAGUUGUUCCAUGAGAAUAUUAUAAUAUAUAUUCCAGAUUUCUCGUGGAAAUAAUUCCUAAACGUAACCGUUCAUCCCCACAGAGUUGGUGGUCACUAAAUCAAAACAAAUGCAAAUCUGGUUACGUACAACUGCCAUGUAAAAUCACACCAUAUCUUUAACAUUACUGCCUGCGACUUCUGCUCGAAAUCUAUUUUCUAGGCAUAAAAUUACACAUUUUCUUUACUAAAAGUUACAUUCCACUCUCUUUGGGUGCUCUUCGCCCCGUCUCAAAAGUUUAUUUCAAUAUUAUUACAGUUCACAGGACUUGAAAAUUCUUUGCUUCACAGCACUAAAGUUUAUUUGUAGUUAACAAAACACGGUGCCCUCCUUGGCUCUUUCGGUAAAGUACGUUACUCCUAGUCUUUCUGGAUUGCAGCUCGGUGGAUGAGUUGGGGGCUGGACCAAGGCGGCUCCUCUGCGACUGUUGUCCCGAGGCACUGCUGCUACUCGGAGAGCAAGUGUCGGGUUCCUCUGUGUCUGUGCGGAACUCCCCACUCGCUGCGCCCCGUGAGCCCUUCCGUCCUCCACAGGCGACGGUACAUUGCCAGACUAUCUACUGUAGUAGACUAACUGCUUCUACCGGAGUCCACCACAUCUCGGUUGAUCGAGCCCCUUCUCGCUGAACUAGCAGCAGUGGGCCGGCCGGGAGCUGUGACAGCUUAGCUUUCUGAAGCCUUCUCUCUCGUUGUUGCCUUGGCCUUCUCAUCCUAGUGACGUGAGUUGUUUGUCUUGUUAGCUCCCACCCCUGGUGAUACUGGAACUGGGCAGACUCACACUGCACUUUUCGCUUACAUUCGGCGAGCUUUUCAAAGAUUCUGCCCAAAAGUUAAUUUUAUACUUCAUGCUGAGCAAUGACGGAAGAGGUUUAAAAGUAAUGAGCAUACGCCCCGUUUCUCAUUGUAAACAUCAACUAAUCCACCGUUCCCCACACAUGUACUCACACAUAUGCAUUGUCGCGUUACAUACCACGAGUGGCUGGUCAUCCCGUGCACUGUGUUUCUCACGUUGACCGUUCCAAGAAGGUGCAUGUUUAAUGUUUGAGGAAGUGGCACAGUGUGUGUGCAAAGUACGGGCCAAAAGUCUGGCGAGCUGUCAGUGCCGGGGGUAGCGUGAGGGGAAGUAGAUGGAGGAAAUAAAUUUGUGAGUCAAGGCCAAAAAGGUGUAAAAGUUGGGCGUGAUUUAGUCUUUGAGUGCUGUAUUCGGCAGAAUAUUUUUUGACCAUGUAGGUACACGCAAAAGCAUCAUUACGAUGAUUGAUGUUUUUAGAACAGUUAACAUGUGAGAACCAUUUGGCACUGCUGGUGCAUAAGGUGCAACUCUUUUCCAUAAAACUAUAGAGCUCAUUCACGAGACUUUUGUCGCGCACUAUACCUGGUCUGCUUGUUCUCAAAUCAAGAAACAUUUGUAUAAAUUCCACAUGAAUCUCACAUAAACAAUAUUUGUUUCUGAAGUGACAAUUGUGGUCUUUAGAUAACAAGUUUCUUCCCAUUUCUAAAGACAGAUAAAACAGACAAUGUGUACUGUAAUUCACUAAAAUGAGGCAUUUUUUAUGACAUACAUCAUGCUACGUUUUACUAGUGUCAUCAAUAGCAUGCAAAUCUCACCAUAACUUUAUCACCCUAACUUUAAGCUGUCAUAUAUAUUUUUGUAAAUGCAGAUCACUUCCCCAUAACAGAACAUUAUUUAUGAUCAUUUUUCCCUUUUUUAUUUUAUCAUACAUUGAAUUGUUGCACUUUUUUAGACAAAAUUUCUUUCUUUUAGACACUCAAAUAUAUGAUAAAAUUUUGUAUAAAUACAUGCAAGAAAAUUACAAACACACUGUAACUUUAAUUUACAGUAGAUUAAAUAGGACCUGUGCUUCUAAUAGAAGUGAAUAGGCACUAUUAACUUCUCAUCAUGAAAUAUGCCUAUGUAAAAAUUUCGACCUUGGGCUGUUAUAGUAACCAUAAAAUGUUAUCAUACGUAAUGUUCACACAAGUGCAUAUUACGUGUCUGAGUUUCAAAUAUGUAAUUAUAUUUUCAUAUCUAUAGAAUAGUUACUAAGCUACUAUUUUAGCUCAUAAUAUGUGUAUCUCACAAUGACUGAACUCAAUGUUUGAAAAAGACAGUACUGAAUGCAACGUAAAACAUUUCCAUCUUUUGUAUGCAAUUUUUGGUGUUGGGCCCAUGUUGUGAACAUUUGGUAUUAAUCUUUGAUUUAAUCUCCAGACUUGAGAAAUUUAAAAUGAUUGUAAAGUAAAUUUUCUCGAUUUCUUUUUCUAGUAUUACAGUAUUGUCUAAUAGUUAUCUUAUUUUCUGACUAAUUAUGCCAAUAUUUGUAACUUUCUUUUUAUCUUGUCUUGUGAAUAUUGAUUUAGACAUUAGUGUAUGAUCCAUCAACACGAUUAAAAAAAUAUAAGACUCAUCCCAUAAAAGUUUUUUUGUAACAAAAUGACGCUAAUAUUUACUCUUUAGUUUUUGUGUGGUGUUAUUCACAGAUUUUAAUUUAUACAAAUACCUUGUUUUUAGUUUUCUUUUCUACUAAGAAUUACAUACAUCCAGGCAAGAAAAAAACUAUUUUUCUUUAGCAUCUAGCUUGAUAUGUACUGUACACAUUGACAUAAAUAGCUGGCUGUGAAUCACCAAGAUCAUGUUUAUAUGGUAAUGUAUCUGUAAAUAACAUUUGUUAUGUCGUAUGUAAUGUUUGAAUCAUAAGCGUGCGCAGAACUUCAGUAGUGGUGGUGCCAGAUUACACAAUAGUCCUAUCAUUCACGGACCCCGAGCCUAAAGCGGGGGGUCGGGGGUCCGGGGGUCCUCCCCCGGAAAAAUAUGGAUUUGAAAGCGCAAAAUGGUGCUAUUUAAGGUGUUUCCGAACAAAACAAAGAUUAAAUACACAGAUGUAAAAAUUGUAACAUUUUUUAUGACAAAUUAUGGCUUUGAACGUUAUAAUCACCAUGAAAACUACUAAACUAUUUACAGUUUUAAGCUUUGUUGAGCCAUAAAGUAAAUUGCACAAAUUGUUUGCACGGAAUUCAUGCUGGUGGCUUUGAAAAACCGUACUUACAUGUUUUCUGAAGACGCCAAAUAAAUAUACUAGAAAAAACAUUCUCAAGUGUUAAGUUUUAAAAUCAACAAAUCAAGGGAUACCUCAAAUAUGUAAAAUAUUAAAAUAAUAAAAAUACACAAAUAAUAAGAAUGGGCAAAAGUUUUAACUUUUGGAAUACAACAAAAAUGUUUUGUCGGCGACUGCAUAAAGUAGGGCCAUGCAGAUUUCGCGAAAAGAUUUUGAGACUAGCUGAAAGUUUAAACACUGUAUCAUCGUCUGUGUUUCGUGAUUGGGUGGGUUUCUCCCAGAUACAUAUCGAUUGUUACACCAAUCACAGUAAUUCAGUGCGGAAGCAAACGCGUCUUGAAUGGCUCGGCCAAAUAAGGCAACGACUUCUCUCGCAGACGGCCGCCAAUCACAAGGAAUAAACCACAGGUGCGGGUAUACAUUGUUACAGUCUAAUAGAUGUGCAGAUCUAUUCGCGGAAAAUGCCUGCCCCUACAUAUAAAUCAUCGAGUAAGCCUAUCCGAUUAGUAUAAUGUAUUUUAAGUAGUAGUAUAUGUUUAGGUACAAUAUUGUUCAAAAUUUCUUUUAAAAAAAAGUUUUCAAGUCCAGAACUAAAAAUAAAAAACCUUAGGGAAAUCUGCUGAACAUAAUACUCUGUAUUACUAAAGGGCCAUUCAUCGAUGAAACGGAACUAUGUUUUUAAAUUCGUCAAUGAUAUCAUUUGUGUUUGCACAAGCAGCCAGUUUUUGCUCCACAAAUGGAAUCAUCAGGUUUUUCAAGCGUUCCUGGCGCAUUGUAGACCUAAGCUUUGAAAAAGUUAUUUCGCUUGUACAGCUAGUUACAGGCAUUGUUGCAAAUGUAUUCAUUACUGCACUGAAGCUUUUGUACGUUGAACUUCGCUGAAACUUUGACAGCCAGUCAAUCCAGUCAGAAACAGUUAUAGGUGGAAAGUCGGUGUCCAUACCUCUCUUUGUCUUCAAAAGCUCUUCUGCUUCUAGUUCCGUAGCAUUCACUCUGAACUGUUUUGAGAGAACUUCAAAGUCACUACAUUCACACUUGUAAGGACCCAAAUUUAACCCCGCACAUUAAAUCACAGCAAUUUUUAAAAGCCUUCAAAACAGCUAAAACUGGCUUAUUCAGCAGGCCGCUAUCUCUCAAAAUAUACUAACCUUGUAUUGGACUUUCCACCCCAUUUUACACUAAUGCAAUUAAAUAAUAAAUAUAAAGUACUACCGAUUAAAUAUAGGAAAAAUAACUUAUUGUUUUCAGGCUGAACAUCCGUACCCUCUGAUCUGGUACUGGAAUCCUUUUCGGGAUCGGGCUUUUUAAUUUUAAUCACCCAUUUAUACAUCAUACAGACAGAUAUAUACAGCAAUUAACGAACCAUAACAACUGUCAACUAGUGAAAAUAAAAUGAUAAUUAAUGAGUGAUCCACGUAACAAACACAGGCUGUACUCGUGUACUCGUUAGAACAGUAAACUGAUGGUGAUGAGUAAACAGUAAGAGUAAACACUACACAGUAAUGCUACCUGGCAGACGGCGGCUAUUAUUCCGUGCGCCUGCCGAGUGGAGUGAACAGUGGACACCGAGCGCGCAUUCUAUGUAAUCCGAGGAGAACUAGGAAAAGUAUUUACAUUUCAGAAGUUUCGUAGCCGCGGCCCGCGUGUACAACACAAGUAAUUGCACCCGGAUUGUUUCCGUGUGUAUAGUUGGUUCUAUUGAUAAUUGAUAUACUGAUAGUGUUAUGAGCACAUAUCUGUAACUUAACACGAUUGUAAAAUAUAUAUUUUUUUGAAAAUAAUACGGUUUAUUAAGUAUGUAUUAUUUCUGCUUGUAAAAAACAAAAUAACGUUAACCCUAAUGGUGGUGCCAAGGCACCUGUGGCACCUACCGUGCGCACGCCUAUGGUUUGAAUGUAAAAAUGUUUUCUUUGAGAGGAAGUUUGAAUUCUAAUGUAGAAUUUUUUAUUUGUUUCUAUUUUCAAACAGAGUAAAAUUCUAGAGAAUGUUAAAAUAUCCAAGUACAUUAUUAACUUUUUUUUAUGUGUACGUAUGUUAGCGAAAAUUCUGAAGACAUUCGGUAAAAUUAAAUACGAGAUCAAAAAAUAACACAGCGUUUGGAAAAAGGUGCCAUGUAGGUUGUGCAGUUGAAUGACUUGCGUCCCUCUGAAGCAUUCAGUUAGAUUACUGAGGGUUCGUUGCCAGUUUUGCGGUCCCAUUUCCCUCACUAAUGAAAUUCGUCAUUGCACCAUUUAACUCACCAGUCUCUUGACACCCCGAUAGCGGUGAGAUGUUAAAAUUAGCGCUGGGCCUGUACUGAUUUCCGAUCGAUUUAACGGGCAAUAUUUUCAUCUUGCCAAGCGUUGCGAUCGAAUCAUGCUCACCGAUCAGCUAUCGCAUUCACUCGCGGUAGGGCCGCCCUUCCGUAUGGGUCGCGUCUGUUGUUCCUGCCAUAAAAACCUAAUAUUUUCACCAUAAGGGCCCUCCUCGAAUAUGGGUUGCACCAUAUAUCUGUCUUCAGUUGAGUUCCGUGGAUAAAAGUUAAGUCUUUAUGUUCUGGGUCUUAGCAUAGUACAAAAUUGCUAUAAGCUGCUGGUAAUUCAGAUAAUCAGGUUGUUUAUAAAACAUUUUUCAAUUACAUUUUGUUGCCUUUUUUUAAUGCUGCAGUUUUAUUCUUGUUUCAGUAAAUUUAAGUGAAAAUGUUAUUUUGCUAAAUUUGGAUUCUCAUUAAAAUAUUCUUUGUUUGUGUCAUAAUAGCAACGAACCACAUAGUAAAGUGAAUAUGUAGUUAAUUUAAAACUUUUUAUUUUGUUCCAAUUUUAUUUUGUGUUAAUUUUGUGUGUCCAAUCACUGUCAUGUCGAUUACCAACUUAAUCUGUUCAAACAUUGGGUUGCAUGGCUCAUGUUAUUUCCAAAAAAAAAAAUAUAUGAAGGCAAGAAACAGACAUGCUUCAUGGUGUUAUACUGUUUUUUUGAUAGGAUGAUCAGUAUCGGUUAUCUGCAUGAUCGGCAAAUUCUCUGAUUGACUCAGCUCUAGUCAUAGGCGCCGACUUCUAGUUUUCAGAGGGGGGGCAAGGGGCAAGUCUCAUAUUGUGGGGCACUUUUAGUGAUAUGCUAUUGCUGUAUCUAUCUUUCACUGUCGUGUGUGAUUGUUGCAUGCAUAAAUUAAAUAGGCUUACUUUCCAACCAUUUUCGUCAUAAGUUGUAAUUUUAAGUUACAAAUUCGAUAUAAUGACACGUUUUUGAAGUAUAAAAACCAUAUCCAUAAUAAAAUUUGAACAUUCUCAUUUAGACUUGAUAAUAAUUUACCAUAAUUUUGAGUCAGUGGGUGUAGAAUGGAAAAUGCAUUAAGAACAAGCUACAAUUUAUUUACAACAUAGCAGGUAACACACAAUUACCAACAUUCAUUCAUUAAAGUUCGGAUCUCAACAAGUGUUGGCUUGUUAAUUUGAAAUUAUUCCAUUACACCAAAAACACAUGUAAAUAACAUAAAAAGUUUGAUUUGUAAAUACAGUAAGAACAGUCAUCACUUACACGAAAAUGUGUUUUGCCGAAUCGGAUUCUUCAAAAUGAAAGAUGUCGCGAUUUCAUUCAAAUCCAAACAAUUGGCAGUACUUGAAUGGGCAUUCAGAAGGGCUAUAUGGUUCAAUCUCGCCUCUGUCAUAGUAGAUCUUAAGUAGUUUUUUAAUCUACGUAGCAUCGAAAAUGAUCGUUCACUUUCACAUGUAGUAAUUGGAAUAACCAUGAUGAUUCGUACAAGCUUGUGAAGUUCAUCAAAAUAGUCUUUCAUAUGCUGCAUACCAUCAGAUUUUAAGAUGUCAACCACAUCUUUGAAGUUUGCAGGGGAUUUUAAAUUUUGCCCCUUCAGGACAUCAUGGAACAUAUCGCGAUGCAUUUCUAGCCGUUUGCUGUUGAAGUCGUUUCCAUAAAAUGCUACAACUUCGUCAGCUGGAAAAGAAGGGGUCAAAAGAAAAUGUUCCACAGAGGUCAGCAAUUUCCUUGCUUCAACAUCAAAUCUGGUUUUGAGACCUGAUAGUAUAUUAUCCAUGACUUCAAUGUAUAUCUGCCUAUAAUUUUCUUUAGGAGUGAAUUCAUGAGGUGGAGUAGGACCAUCAUAUCUUGCUGGCAAUUUUCUUUUUCUAUUUUCUCGUGGAGGCUCUAAAUUCAAAGCCUUUGAGUUGUGAUCAACUUUUGACCAAAAUGCAUCAAACUGCUCUCGCAGCUGUUUUACUGUGUCCUCCAAAACACACAGAAUGUGGCACGAAUCUUUCAUAUGCAGCAUUUUGCCUUGUAAUGAUUUGUUUGCGGCAGAAAGAUGCUGGAAAAUUAAACACAACAGUUCAAGCAUUACCAGUGUAUCUGAUUUUUCCAGAUAUCUGAGAAAUCCGGAAGCUUUGGUGGCAGCCUCGCUGGAAUCUUGACUAGAAAAUUCGUCUAGAAAGGCUAUAACAUUACUGUAGUUAGACAAAAGAGUCUGAAGAGAACAGUAACGCAUAACCCAUCUUGUAGGACAUAGUGGCCUUAAAUUCUUGCUGUGUUCUUCUUGAAACCUUUUAAACCACUCAAGGCGUUUUGGGGAAUGCUUAAUAAACCCAAUAAUCUCACGCAGUAAGUUCAUUGCAUCUCUAGCAGUUGGAACAUUCUUGAUGCUAUCUUGAGUAACUAGAUUAAGAGAGUGAGCUUGACAAUGGACAAAUAAGGCUCGAUUUUCUAAUUCUCUAAUUUUCUUCUGCAGACCUGAAUGAACACCUGCUACAUUACUGGCUCCAUCAAAACACUGACCUCUGAGGUCCGACACUGGUAACUGAAGACGAACUAGAACAUCGUUUGUUAUGUUGAAUAAGGUUUGAGCUGUAGUGUCGGGGGUUUCGUAGAAUCCUAAAAAAAGUUCUUGAAUUUCAAGAUUUGUAUCUACUGUUCGUACACAAAAUGACACUUGUUCCUUAGUUGUACAGUCAGUUGUUUCAUCGACUAUCAAUGAAAAAUGUUGGUUCUCUUUAAUCUCGAAAACAAGCUUAUUCACCACUGCAUGUGACAAAAUAGACAAUAUUUCGUUAACGAUGUCGUGAGAAAUCCAUUUAUAACCAUCUCUUUGUAACCAAGCAUCUAGUUCCAUGCUGUCCUCAGCUCUUAAUUUCAGUAGUUUCAGGAUAUUUGAUGACUCGUCAUUGUGACCCCGAAUUGCCAAUCCUUGAGUUGCUAGAAACCGCACACUGCCUAUAAUUUUACCCAAAGCAAUUCGGGCCUCAUCCAUUUCUUUAGCUUUUUUUGUGGACAAUUGUUUGAGCACAUUAGUACCAGCUUGAGAAUGAAAAUCUGCCUCCGUGCAUUCCCUGUGAAACCGAGACUUCUCAUGUUCAUUGAAUUUCUCAAUCGCUUUUUUCCAAUUGCAGAAUCCUAGUUCCACAAAAGCUGCACUAAAAGUUUUAUUCACACACUUAUUCUGAGAGUAAAUAGUUUUACAUAUUUUACAAAAUACCUUAUCCUUAUUAUUGUCAUAUUCAAGCCAAGCAAAUUUAUUUUCCCAGUCUCUAAUAAAAUGUCGAUUACCUUCUUUUUUUGUUCCGAAAGUCUUUUUUCGUUCUUCACCACCUUCACCAGUAACAGGAACUUGUGCUUCUUCCUUCUCCUUUGUUGAUGAGGCAGAAGUUGUCUGCUGAUUGCUGUCGGUAACAGUCAGAUCUGUGUGUUGUACAGUUUUAUCACUGGGCAGUUUUUUUAUGUACUUCCACAUAAUGCACCACAGUUAAAGUGAAUAAGUCAAUUAUAUUACACACCUUAAAACUUUAUAAAUUCUAACGUGCACAUUGGCAUGUUUUCACUCACAAUAAAAACAUUGAAAUACUCGGCAUCGGUAAAUACAAACCGCAGGGAAGGCAACAUUUAAAAACAAAAUAAAUUGAUGUUCCAACUGAUAGCAGUCGUGAACGUAAAGGGUUGUAACAUUUGAAAGCAAAAGAUACCGAAAGCGAAAGUGACACCUGAUAGCAUGUGAAAGGCGGUAAAACGUCCGAGCACAAAUUAUGCCGAUAAGUGACACCCGAUAGCAGCACAUCCUGCCAACGCAGUGAUCCUGUGGUCGUAAUCGGAGCCCAUGUGAUAUGCACCAUGUCUAUAGCGUGACCACCAUGAGUCGUAAAACGUAAACAUUGAUUGACAAUCACCUUACCUUAAAAUUAUUCUGAAAGUUCUAGUUAUGUUACACUUCAAGAAUGUAACUAAUAAUUUUUGUGACCAACGAGGAGGGGCGACGCCCCUCUUAUCUGUUCAGUGGGGGGGCAACCGCCCCUCCUGCCCCCCCAUAGUCGGCGCCUAUGGCUCUAGUUAAAAUUUAUAAUGAAUCAUAUAAUAAACUGUUCAAAUUUAAAAUAAAACUGUUUCCUUAAACGUCUCACUCUUAUAAUGGGUAAUGGUGUAUCAGAAGAAAGCAAUUGUGUACAUACCGCUGUGAAUAAAUGCUAAUGAAUAGUGUAGAUGCUGUUUGGCGGAAAGGUGUGUGAAUGUGUACAUGCAGGGGAGCACAAAGUAAUACCUGUCGUUCUCUUGGGUUCUCAGAGAAAAUAAAUUACAGUUCAUUAUCUGCGUAACUCAUACUCCCACUAGUGUUAACACAGACAUAAGCACAUUGCUUCAUCAUCUCAAAAACUAGUCUGCUUACUAAAACAUUUUGUACUUUUCGUUUUUUAGAAUUACAAGACAAUAGAAGCAGGAACUAACCCGUAACCUUGCAGAUUUGCUGUAUCAUAAAGUAGGGUUUCUUUCAUUUCUUUGUCUGACACAGAGGCUUCAGGUGUGAUGGGAUCACUUCGUGUUCAACCAACAUUUUUAUGGCAUUUUAUCAUUUAGACUAUUCAAAAAUAGGUUUUUGCAUAUACGAGAGAACACACGUCCAUAUGGACGAGUUUUUCGAUCAUGUGUAAAUUUAAUUCAGUUUAAAUAUUUAUGUUAAAUUUGUAUCAAGGUGACACAUCUUUAAUGGUAUUAUUUUAUUUUAACACAUGUGCGGUUUUUAUCUCCCAAAUUUACUUCAGGGGCUUAAACUGAAUUGAAUUUGUGUAGUGUUAGAAAAAGUGGCUUACUCCAAUGAAACUUUAAUUUUUCCAUAUUUUUAAUUUUUCUUUGUUUCUGAAUUGUUUGCGUCUAACAUUACACUAUCGGAUGUUCAGUAAAGCACAUUCCAAUUAUCUGAUGCUCGGUGACCUCCAAUUGUGAAUGUCUUCAGAAUUGUCUUCCACUCAGCUCUUAGAACAUAAUAAAGCUGCUGAAAUUUCCAUUUCUCAUGCAAGAUUUGCUGUUUUCAGUGAUGUGGACAUCACCCGUCUGAACUGCAUCUUACUCCAAAAUUGUAGCUCAUUAAAUUUUUUACCGCUGCAGAAUACAUACGUACUUUCAAAAUCACUUAUGAGAGGUGUAGGGUCCAUGUUUUAAUACAUAGAUGCCUUUCUUGCAAGAGAUAAAUUUUUUGAACAGUUUAAAAACUUGCUUUAUAUAUUUUUGAAAGACCGCUGUUGAAAUGUUGGUAUGAUGCUAAUAGUAGUUAGGAGUUAGAAAGUUUGUUGAGCAACUGGUACUGUCGUGGUUAAUCAUAGACAGAAGUUUAGAUGUGCAGUGAUGCAAGAUAUUUGUGGUGCUACUACAGUCAUAAAGAAGCAAAAUAAAUAAUAUGUACUACCUAGUAAUUUGACUUUUUCCUCUUGCUCAGUGUAAAAACAAAAGUGAGUGUUUUAUUACUGGAAAAAGUGUGAAGGUCAGUACUUUUAUUUUAUUCAACAGUGCCAGAGCCUAUUCUAUAACAUCUUUCCGUUUUGUUUGUUUGACAAAUUUUUACUGUGAUUUUGUUAUUAUUAUUUAAAUUUUUGUUUUCAGAAAGAAGUGUGUUUGUGUAGGUAAUAAUUUAUUAUUUGAAGUAUACAUUUGAGAGUUAUGACUAUAGGUGUGUUGAAAGCAAACUGUAAGCCCUCUUAUGUCAGCCUUGUGAUAAGUGUUUUUUUUUAGCACAAGCAAUAGGGCUCUCUAUGUGCCAAGAAAUUAUUCAGUGAAGUGUGUUUAUAGCUGCUCAAAGACUUUACCACUAGAUACUGCAGUAAUAUUGAUGUAGUGGGCCUUGCAGCAAUGACAUACAUAGCUAAGUAAUACACACAUACACACACUCACUAGAUGUUGGUGUACUUCAUAAUAAAUGUCAUCCAACCUACUGUAAAUCUGCUUGUUCCGUAAUGUUUCCGUGAAUGUUGUAAAUAAGCGCAUGCUGAUGCUGUAUGGUCAGGUCAGGAGAAAGGCCAGGAAAUGUUUAUAUGAUUUGUAAUUAACUAAUUAAAAGUGUUUUUCAAAUUUUACUUGUGGCAAUUGCUGUUGUACAGAUUCUGUAACUCUAAUGUAAAGUGUAUCAAAAAGUGUAUUUUGUUGCGUGAAUUUGAUAAUAAAGUGUUUUUCAAA